GUCGUCGUCGCCGUCGUCGUCGUCCGCCAGUCGCCGCCGCCGCAUAGUAGUCGUUCUGCUGUAUGUGCGCCGCGCUCGUCCGUUAUAAUUAAUAUUAUACAAAAAAAUAAUAAUAUAUAUAUAUAUUUAAAAUAAUACUACCUACCGCACGUUUAUUAUUAUUAUCGCCUAUUGUAUUUUUUUUUUCAACGCACUACCGUAUACGGUUUUUGUUUUUCAAAAAAAAUUUUACAAAUAUAUUAUAGUGUUGUACGCGAAAACGGGUCGGAAAACAACAUUUAGAUGAUGGAAAAAGAAUAAUAAUUACCUCCUCUUGUCGGGUGUACUCUUAUAAACAUUUUUCCCGCCACCCAGACCUCGUUGUUGGACGAUCCACCUCUCUCGUCGACUAUAUAAUAAUAUAGCUGCUGCUGCUGCUGUUGUUUAUGCAUCGCUUCGAUAUAUUAUUAUUAUUAUGAUAACGACCACCAGUUUUACACCGAAUCCAAUAUGAUAACACACACCGAAUAAUAUUUAUAUAUAUUAUAAUAGUAAUAAUAAUACAUUACAAUACAAAAACAAAAUAAUGUGUGUGUGACUACAACGGCCGCCGUUGCCGCCCGUAAACGCGCGCGCGUUAUCACCAGACCGCCGCGGCCUCCGCCUGAACCUCAUGUUGGCCGUUUGUCGCGGUUGUCUACGCUUAGUCUAAAUCGCCGCCGUCUAAGACUGUAGCCUGUUGCCGAUGAUGAAGUCAGACGUCCAGACUAGGAUACGCUUCGUUGACCAGGAACCGCGAUGUUGACGCAUCCAUUUGAGUUGCUUUCGAAAAUGGAGCUGUUGGUCUGCAGGUGAAAUGCAGAACAGUCGAGUGAAGGCGGUGCACAUCAUCAUCCUGCUGUUGCUCGCGUUCUUAAUGCUGACAGAUCCCGUAACGCCGACCAAUGAUACUAAGUACACCGGCAGCUCCGUGCUGAAGAACUUGACGGUCGGAUACCUGACCGCCGCCAAGGGCAAUCUAGACAACAGACAGGGUCUGUCGAUUUCCGGGGCGAUUACGCUGGCGUUGAAAGAAAUCGAAAACGACCCGUACCUUCUGCCAAACGUGUCGCUGGUGCUGAAAUGGGACGACACGCAGGGCGACACGGUGCACGCGACCAAGACAAUUACACAAAUGAUAUGCGAUAAGGUAGCCGUGUUUUUCGGUCCUGAGGGCAAUACGUGUCAUACCGAAGCGAUCGUGGCCCAGGCGUGGAACAUUCCAAUGAUUAGCUAUAAAUGUGCUGACUACGAAGCGUCGGGAGUGCCAACGUUUGCCCGAACAGAUCCACCGGACACGCAAAUCACCAAGUCGAUCAUAUCGUUGUUGCGUUAUUACAAUUGGAAGAAAUUCAGCAUAAUCACCGAAGAAGGAUGGAAGUCUGUGGCGGAAUCGCUCAAGAUACAAGCGAAAAAAGCCAACAUGACUGUUAACCAUUACAAAACGAUCAUCAACUUGUACAAGUGUUCAGAACCUAACCAAAAGUGCUCCAACAACGCGUAUUUUUACGAACUGGUGCAGGAAACCAAAAACAAAACCCGAAUCUAUGUGUUUCUCGGCAGUCCCAGAUUGCUGGUGGACAUGAUGACCGUCAUGCAGUCGUUGCAGUUGUUCGAAAACGGCGAUUACAUGGUCAUUUACGGAGACACCAAAGACAAUUCCAUAAAAGACCUCCGGUAUUACUUGUGGAGGCAAUCGGACAUGUCCGUGUACAUGAACUGCAUGGAAGAAAGGAGCUUCCUGAAGAGAGCCCGUUCGCUGUUGGUGGUGGUGGCCUCGCCGCCGUCUCCUUCGCGGUACCAGCUGUUCACCGAGAAGGUGCUGGACUUCACCAGUAGGGAUCCGUUCAAGUUCCACACCCCCAGCGUGUUUAAAGACGUGUCUUUCGUCAAGUUUGUCUCCAUCUACGCGGCUUACCUGUACGAUUCCGUGAUGCUGUACGCCCGCGCGUUAGACCACUUGCUCAGGUCCAGGGCUAGCGUUCAAAACAUGACCGCCGAGAUCAUCGACGAAGUAGCCUACAACGGGACGUUGAUCAUCGAGACGAUCAUCAAAAACAUAACUUACCAAAGUGUCACCGGCUCUACGAUCAAACUGGACCAGAGAGGAGAUUCCGAAGGUAAUUUCUCGGUGGUAGCUCUGAAACCUUACAAUUUCGUCUUUCCAAUGGACUCGGUCAACUUCACCUGUCCGUACUACAUGGUGCCCAUGGGUCAGUUCCAUUUUCAGCACACCGAAUUUCCAGAGUACAAGCUGAACUCUGCCAGCCUGAAAAUCGAUUGGCCCGGCAAGAGCCGGCCGGACGACGAGCCCAGCUGCGGUUUCAACAACGAGCUGUGCCAAAACGACUUCCAGCGGAGCUCCAUCAUCGUGGCCGCCGUGUUGGGCCUGAUGCUGUUCUGCGCGUUCGUCAUCACGUUGUCCAUCUACAGGAAAUGGAAGAUCGAGUUGGAAAUCGAAGGGCUGCUGUGGAAAAUCGAUCCGUCCGACUUGCUCGGGUUCUACAACAAGGACAUCGUGUCGUCUCCCAGCAAAUUGAGCUUGGUGUCGGCCAUGUCGUACGAGUCCCGCGCCGGCCUCCAGGUGUUCGCCAUGACCGGCCAUUACCGUAACAUAAUGGUCAGAAUCAAAGAGCUCAAGUUCUCGAAGCGCAAAGACAUAUCCAGAGAGCAAAUGAAAGAGAUGAGACUGCUCAGGGAUUUGAGACACAGUAACGUCAACUCUUUCAUUGGCGCCACCAUCGAGUCCACCCGAAUACUGAUAAUCACCGACUACUGCGCUAAAGGCAGUCUUUACGACAUUGUCGAAAACGAAGACAUCAAGUUGGACAAAAUGUUCAUAACGUCUCUAGUACACGAUCUCAUCAGGGGUAUGAUAUUUAUACACAACUCGCCUUUAGGUUGUCAUGGAAACUUAAAAUCGUCUAAUUGUGUCGUAACUAGUCGUUGGGUGUUGCAAGUCACCGAUUUUGGACUACAUGACUUAAGGCAGUGUGCGGAAAACGACUCUAUCGGCGAGCAUCAGUAUUUCAGAAAUUUGUUAUGGAAAGCUCCCGAGCUGUUGAGGAAUCCUGGUGCUUCAGUGAAAGGCACGCAAAAAGGGGAUGUAUACGCGUUUGCCAUUAUUUUGCACGAGAUAAUGUGUCGACGAGGUCCUUUUGGCGCUUGUGGCGUCGAAGAACCCAAAGAAAUCAUAAGACUGGUAAAGUUAGGUUACGAAGAGGUCAACGGCGUGCCAUUGAGACCCAGCAUUCAUCAUUUGAGGGACAGCGAAAUUGCAGAAGACUACAUCAUCCAGUGUAUAACAGAUUGUUGGGACGAAUAUCCGGACAAUAGACCGGAUUUCGGCACCAUAAGGGCCAGGUUAAAGAAAAUGAAGGACGGAAAGCAAAAGAACAUAAUGGACCAAAUGAUGGACAUGAUGGAAAAGUAUGCCAACAACCUCGAGGAUCUAGUCAACCAACGUACAAAUGAGGUUUACGAAGAAAAACGCAAGACCGAAGACUUAUUACACCGAAUGUUACCUGCGCCAGUGGCGAAGCGUUUGACUCUGGGCUACGGUAUCGAACCUGAAUCGUACAAUUCAGUUACCAUUUAUUUUAGCGAUAUAGUCGGCUUUACCGCAAUGUCCGCCGAAAGUACUCCUCUGCAGGUUGUAAACUUUCUGAACGACUUGUACACCUUAUUCGACAAGAUCAUAAAGGGUUAUGAUGUUUACAAAGUCGAAACUAUCGGAGACGCUUACAUGGUGGUGUCGGGAUUACCGAUCAAAAACGAUAACAGACAUGCCGGCGAAAUAGCGUCUAUGUCUCUGAAUUUGCUCGAAGCGGUACGAGAUCAUAAAAUAGCUCAUCAACCCGAGUCCACGUUAAAACUACGCAUUGGAGUCCAUACGGGACCCGUUGUCGCCGGUGUGGUAGGUCUGACGAUGCCCAGGUACUGUUUGUUCGGUGAUACGGUAAACACAGCAUCCCGGAUGGAAUCCAAUGGGGAACCGCUGAAAAUCCACAUAAGCGAACAGUGCAAGAACGCCCUAGACGAUCUGGGUGGAUAUAUAAUUAAAGAACGAGGUUACGUGAGCAUGAAGGGCAAAGGCGAAGUUCUGACGUACUGGCUCGAAGGGACCAACGAGAACGCUAUAAAACGAAGAGAUGUGGACUUGACCGAAUUACCUCCUUUGUUUUGCGGAUCAAGACGCCACAGUCCAAAGAUAUUUGCCGGUUUCGGGGAAUAUGGUAGCAGGCGACCAUCGUUUGCUCCCCGAGGAAACUCUGUAGACAAAAGCGCCAAGGACAGUCAAAGCUUUCUCUUAGAACAACGGCCUUCUCCUUUACCUCCUUCAUUACGGGAACCACUGCGCAGGAGAAUGGUACAGUCGGCUUCAAUGGAUCCUUUUCCAAACAAGCAGCUGAGCCGAGUGAGCUCGUUAAUCAAGAGAAGUUGUCGCUCUCUGGAGGACUCCAAACUUAUCGAGCACUCUGCUAAAGAAGAAAUCUGUUGUGGCGACAGCGGUACCGAAACUGUAGUUAACGGCAGUUUGCAGUACACGCCUCUAUUGACUGACGACAACAAAAGAUGGCAUUCAUUCGAAGACAUUGCACAGGAACCUCACAGAAAAAAAUUAGUAUCCAGAGGUUCUAUUAGAAGUUGGUUGGUUGGCUUGUUUAACGGCACUGCGGCAUCUUGUCGGAGCAGCGAAGUGUCUUUGCGCAAAGUAUACUCGGACAUGCAACAAAUUGUGGAUAAAGAGAGCGUAGUGUGAAUUUCGAUCGGUUGUAAAAUUGUUGCUUUGCACAGUACAGUUCAGAUAGGAAAAAGGUAUUAUUUGCGUUAUAAAAAAAAAAAAAAUAAAUAAAUAAAAA